GGGCGGGCCUAGCCGAGCCCCGCUGUUCCGGGGAAAGGGUUACCAGUCAGGUCGGCAGGCUCUUGGGAACCCUCCGUGCCCGUCUCUUUUCUCUCUCUCUCCCCCGUGCUCGGAGCCAUGGCGCGCUUGGCAGCCUGGCUCUCCUCCUUCCUCCUGGCCGCCCUGCUGCAAGUCGGGCCGUGCACGGCCGACACCCCGGCCAACUGCACCUUUGAAGACCUGGUGGGCACCUGGGUGCUCCAGGUGAGAAGCGGGCAGGGACCCCCGACCCGGGAGAUCAAUUGUUCCGACCUGGGUCCUGUGGAGAAGAAAAUAACUGUACAUCUUCAGAAACUUGAUGUAGCUGAGGACGAUCAAGGGAAUUAUGGCUUUUUCACCAUAAUUUACAACCAGGGCUUCGAGAUUGUCUUGAAUAGCUACAAGUGGUUUGCAUUUUUUAAGUAUAAAAAAGAGGGUUCCACAAUGACGAGUUACUGCAAUGAGACUCUACCAGGCUGGGUGCAUGAUGUCCUGGGCCAUAAUUGGGCUUGUUUCACUGGAAUCAAGGUCUCAUCUUCAGGUCCCCAAGUUCGUGUACAUCAGCUACCUCCUUGGAAGAGCUCAAGAAGAAUUCAACAGAGGUUCCACGUGACCAACUAUGAUUUUGUGAAAGCCAUCAAUGCUGUUCAGAAAUCAUGGAGAGCAACUGCCUACAGGGAAUACGACAGGCUUACUUUACAAGACUUCAUUCGGAGAGCUGGAGGAUUGAAAUCCAAAACUCCCAGACCAAAACCUGCGCCCCUCGCUUCUGAAAUACUCAAAGAGGCUCAAAAUCUGCCGGAAUCCUGGGACUGGAGAAAUAUGAACGGUGUUAAUUACGUCAGCCCAGUAAGAAACCAAGCCUCCUGUGGCAGCUGCUAUGCAUUUGCUUCGAUGGGCAUGCUGGAAGCCAGGAUUCGCAUCCUCACCAACAAUUCUCAGACUCCAACGCUGAGCCCUCAGCAAGUUGUUUCCUGCAGUGAAUACUCCCAAGGUUGUGAUGGUGGAUUUCCUUACCUUAUUGCUGGAAAAUACAUACAGGAUUUUGGCAUCGUUGAGGAGGCCUGCUUUCCUUACAAAGGCGUGGAUUCCCCCUGCACUCUUAGGAAUGACUGUUACCGCUACUACACCUCCAACUAUUACUACGUGGGUGGGUUUUACGGGGGCUGCAAUGAAGCCUGGAUGAAACUGGAGCUCAUUAAGCACGGACCGAUGGCUGUUGCUUUCGAAGUCUAUAAUGACUUCAUGUACUACUCGGGAGGAAUCUACCACCACACAGGUCUGAUGGACCCUUUUAACCCUUUCGAACUGACCAAUCACGCCGUUUUGCUCGUGGGGUACGGCAGCGAUCCCCACUCUGGGGAACCAUUCUGGAUUGUGAAGAACAGUUGGGGGACCUCUUGGGGUGAGGAAGGUUAUUUCCGGAUCCGGAGGGGCUCUGACGAAUGCGCGAUAGAGAGCAUAGCAGUGGCUUCUACACCUAUACCUAAAAUAUAGUUUGUCAGAUUAUCUCAGUAGGCCUCUCUGUCCAGAGGGCAGGCGUGUCCACCCUAGAAGUGCAAUGGAUAUUCCUUACAGCUAGUCCUUGAUUUAUGACCACAAUUGAGCCCAUUUCCGUUGCUAAGCAAGACAGGUAUUCAGUAAGUUUUGUCUUAAGUUUACGGUCUUUUUUUUUUUUUUUGCCACUAUUAAGGGAUCACUGCAGUUGUAACACAGUUGUUAAGUCAAUCCAGUUUCCCCAUUGAUUUUGCUGAUGAGAAGGUUGCAAAAAGUGAUCACAUGACCCCCAGGACACUGCAACCGGCAUAAGUACAUGUCAGUUGCCAAGCAUCCAAAUAUUUGAACUUGUGAUGUCUCGGAGAUGCAACCGUUGUAAAUGCAAAAACAAUCAUGAGUCAUUCUUUUUUCAGUGCCGUUGUAACUUGGAACGGUCCCUAAAAGGAAUUGUUAUAAAUCGAGGACUACCUGUACAUAUUGAGAAAGGGUAAAUGGCCUUGUGUUCCCUGCCUACGAGAAAAGUUUUGUUUUUCCGUUUUUCAAACGGUGUUAAAAUGAAAGCCAUAGUGAUUAGAAGACAAGAUCAAAGAACUGGCCAUUUAAACAGGCAUUCUUAAUUCAGUUCAACUGAAUGAAGGAACCUUGACAAUAGAUUCGUGUUCUUAACUUUCAAGCCAGAAUUGGCAAACUGUGAUUGGAAGCAAGCUUACUCAUCACGAUCGGUUUUAUUUCGGCUUGGCGUGAUAAAAUGGCCAAUCAUGAUUAACACUCUUCUACUAUUCCAUCAGGAAAAGAUAGUGAUUAAAAUAGACUUGGGGGAAUGGUAGGUUGGAAUGGAAGCCCAACCGUGACUUGAUGUUUUCAACCAUGGUUAGUUUAAUGCCUAUGGAGAUUCUCAAUCAUCCCGGUCACGGUUGUCCCAAAGAUAUUUUUCCCAAAGGCAGCUGGACUUCCUUGGGUUUUUUUACUUUGACAACGUUUCGCUUUUCAUCCAAGAAACUCCUUCAGUUCUAACAGCCCUAGUAAGCCCUAGUAAGACCACACCUAGAGUACUGUAUCCAGUUUUGGUCACCACUCUAUAAAAAAAGAUGUUGAGACUCUAGAAAGAGUGCAGAGAAGAGCAAGAAAAAUGAUUAGGGGACUGGAGGCUAAAACAUACGAUGAACGGUUGCAGGAACUGGGCAUGGCUAGUCUAGUGAAGAGAAGGACCAGGGGAGACAUGAUAGCCGUCUUGCAAUAUUUGAGGGGCGGCCACAGAGAGGAGGGGGUCAAGCUGUUUUCCAAGGCACCUGAAGGCCAGACAAGGAAUAAUGGAUGGAAACUGACCAAGGAGAGAUUCAACCUAGAAGGGGAACUUUCUGACAGUGAGAACCAUCCACCAAUGGAACAGAAGUUGCCUUCAAAAGUUGUGGGAGCUUCAUCACUGGAGGCUUUCAAGAAGAGAUUGGAUUGCCAUUUGUCAGAAAUGGUGUAGGGUCUCCUGCUUUGGGGGGGGGUUGGACUAGAUGACCUAUAAGGUCCCUUCCAACUCUUAAUCUGUAAUCAAAACAUUUUUUUUAAAUUUGAUUUAUAUGCUGCCCUUCUCCGGAGACUCAGGACAGCUUACAAUGCAUUAAGCAAUAGCCUUCAUACUUUUGUAUAUUUAUACAAAGUCAGCUUAUUGCCCCCACAAACUGAGUCCUCAUUUAACCUACCUUAGAAAGGAUGGAAGGCUGAGUCAACCUUGAGCCUGGUGAGAUUCGAACUUAUAGUAAUUGCAGACAGCUGGUGUUAAUCACAAUGCUUUUUUAGUCUGCUGAGCCACCAGCCCCAUUUAGUUCUAACUAAACGUUUAGAACAUUUAGUUCUAACUGAACUGAGUUAGAACUGAGAAAGUUCCUUGGAUGAAAAAUGAAACUUAUUCAAAGAAGAAGGAAAAAAAAACCCAAGAAAGUCCAGUUGCCUUUUGGAUAAACUACCUUUGGAACAUGGAUCGUGUACCUGAAGGGAGUCAAUCUCUUAACCACAUUAAUCAGGUUUCUUAGGAUAAAGUGGUACACCCCAUACUUUCUCCCCAUUGAAGAAAAUGGUAUAUUUUAAUGUUUACAAUCUAGCUAUGAAUUCAAUUACAAUGUAUGAAAAUUGAAUAUUCAGUGCAGUGGUGAAAUCCAAAUUUUUUUACUACCAGUUCUGUGGGCGUGGCUUGGUGGGCAUGGUGUGGCUUGGUGAGUGUGGCAGGGGAAGGAUCCUGCAAAAUCCCCAUUCCCUCCCCACUCCUGGGGGAAAGGAUAUUGCAAAAUCUCCAUUCCCACCCCACUCUGGGGCCAGCCAGUGGUGGUAUUUGCCGGUUCUCCGAACUGCUCAAAAUUUCCGCUACCAGUUCUCCAGAACCUGCUGGAUUUCACCCCUGAUUGAGGGUGUUAAUUCUCCCACACUUUCUUUCCUUAUUUAGCAGCCAUUUUUCCCCCCUCCCUUUGAUUUUUGCCAGAAAUAUUUUUCUAAUCCGCAAUAGUAUUUUUUUUUAAUUGCUGUGCCUUAACAAAAGAAAUGAAGAAACUUGAAUGUAGAAGAGAGUGCCUUGCAUGCAAAAUGAUUAUACUUUACUGUGAUUUUGUGUGUGUGUGUGUGUGUAUAAAAAAGGGAAACUUGUAAGUAUCUUUUUAACAAAAUACCUGGGAUGACAACGUUCAUUUGAUCCACAAUUUGAGCAGUGCAGUACAACCGUAUCGUUUCCUUCUUUUGAAGAUCAUCAGGGGUUUUUUUUUAAUACGAUUCUGAAAUAAAGAAAUGUUUCUCUGUU